AAAAGGCAAGCACGAGCCAGUGAUCUGACAUCAAGUUUCAUUGACGACCGUACGCUCAGGUUGCUGUACUGACGCUGCCGCCGCACUCUUGUGCUUUCGCCGUCAAAAAACUCACCGGAAACAUUGAAUUAGCGAACGUCGACCCCCGAUUGAACACAUCGUCGCAUUUUCAUUAAUUUUCAUCGGUGCUUCCUUGUCCAAUGGCGUACUUGCGGAUUGUCUCGCAGAGAAUUUGCACGACCAAAAAGCUCGCAUCCAACACCCCCUUGAUUAAGUUUGUGCCGACUACUUUCAAGUCGACGCAUGCCAUCAACGUAGAGGCUGCCGUCAACCCCAAGUCGGACGAGAAUCCACCCCGCGACCCCCUUGACCAGAGUUUCACCGACUGCCGGGCUGCUUUCAAAAGCAAAACGACAUGGGAAAUCAUCAGGGCGUACAUCGUCUACACCCUUUGUUCCUCGAACUACCUCGUCGAGAACAACAUGCAGAUUAUGAAAAUAAGUCAGAAAAUUCUUGGCAAAAGGCUGUUCAACUGGUUCAUGAAGGGUACGUUCUAUGGCCACUUUGUGGCUGGCGAAAAUCAAGUGACGAUCAAGCCGACCAUCGACAGACUGCGUUCCUUUGGAGUCAAGUCCAUCCUCGAUUACUCAGUUGAGGAGGACAUCAGUACCGAGGAGGCUCAGAGACGAGAAACUGAGAUUCACGAUGGGUCGUGCGUUUCUGAAGCAGGUGAUGAUCAAUCUCAAGGGACUAUCAAAAGAUACCACAGCCACCAAGAAUUCGCAGACAGGCGAUACAAAGUCGACAGUGCAAGAACUUACUUCUAUCUCAAUGAGGCGCAGUGCGAGAGGAACAUGGAGAUUUUCUUGCGAUGCUUGGAAGCAGUUUCAGGUACAACAUCCGGCACCGGAAUAACUGCUGUGAAACUGACUGCGCUUGGUCGACCCCAACUUUUGCUGCAACUUUCUGAGGUCAUCAUGAGGGCUCGUCGCUACUUUGAAGAGUUGACUGGUCACCACGGAAGUAUCAUUGGACACCAUGUAAAACCUGAAGAACUCGCUGAAAAGUUUGGAAAGGCUAGGCUAAUUAAUGAUGUGCAAGUUCAACAUUUCCUUGACAAACUGACCUACGACAAGAAAGGUGUGAUCCAUCUCUUCCCUUGGUCUGGCAUUAUUGAUGAAGAUGCUCAACUGAGCGAAACCUUCAGACUGCCUGACCUGAAAACAGGUCGCAUGGUACGCUUAAUUUCCCAGCUAACGCCAAAGGAGGAGGAAAUGUUCCGAAACAUGAUUCGCCGCAUUGACACUCUCUGCAAGUGUGCCAAAGCGCUUGACGUGCGCAUCAUGGUAGAUGCGGAGCAAACCUACUUCCAGCCGGCCAUCACUCGAAUCACUCUUGAAAUGAUGAGGAAGCACAACAAGGAAAAGGCCAUCAUGUUCAACACUUACCAAUGCUACCUGAAGGAGGCAUUCAACAACGUCAGCACCGACUUGGAGCAAGCCAAGAGACAAAACUUCUAUUUUGGAGCCAAGCUAGUGCGUGGAGCAUAUCUUGAACAGGAGCGUGCUCGUGCUGAAGCGCUUGGAUAUGAUGAUCCAACAAACCCAUCAUUUGAAGCGACAUCUGAGAUGUACCAGAAGACCUUGAGCGAGUGCUUGAGGCGCAUCAAGGAUGGCAAAUCCAAAGGAGAGGGCAAAAAGAUUGCUAUUAUGGUGGCUAGUCACAACGAGGACACAGUUCGAUUCACUCUCAACGCGAUGAAUGAAUAUGGAAUCUCUCCUGAAGACAAAGUCAUUUGUUUCGGUCAAUUGCUGGGCAUGUGUGACUACAUCACCUUCCCACUUGGUCAGUCUGGCUACUCAGUGUACAAAUAUAUCCCAUACGGGCCAGUUGAUGAGGUGCUACCGUAUCUCUCUCGACGCGCUCAAGAGAACAAGGGCAUCUUAAAGAAGAUUAAGAAAGAAAAGUCCCUCUUGUUGCAAGAACUGAGCAGGCGACUUGCAAGGGGCCAGCUGUACUACACACCCAAAGGUAACUACCGGCCCAUCUAAAGCGAAAAGCAGUAAUGUGAUCCCCUUUUAUUUUACGAGUGGUUAAAACAACUAUAAGCUCCAUCAGUGUGAUUAAACUAAUAGUUAGCUACAUUGUAAACGAGUUCCAUGGAGAACCACAUGGUAGUGGCAUUGGUGGGAUGAUUGUCGAGUAUUAGAUAACGUUAAAAAGAAAAAUAGUACUUAAGCGAUAAUUAGAGAACGAAAGGAUGCGACACAAGCUGGUCUGUCAUAUCUUGUUACCUAUUCAACGUAAUUAUUUUGGAAAAAGAGAUGGUGAACAUCUGUGUCCAUGCCCCCCGAAUCGCAGCGAUCAUGUUUUAAUAGGGAACGCAUCAAACUGAAGAUCAAAAAGAUAAUUUCUUGCCAAGAGUCAGUCUUUAUGUCCUUUUACAGGAAAACUUAAAUGUGUACUUUGAGAAUAUGACUGGUGUUGUUGUUUAUUAUUAAUUGGUCAUACUGAGGAAUUAAAAGGUGGGAUUAUUACACUAGUGAAUGAAUUGCGGAAACAUAAAAAGUAUUAUUCUCUAUAAACUUGGAAACAGUGCAAGUAUGCUGACGCAGAUCUCUGAUUUCACAAGGAAUGAAUCUCUUGAUCAUUUUGCCAAGAGGCCUAAGCAGCGUUUUGUUAAAUGCCUUCGGAGAAACGUUUGUAUAUUGAAACAAAUAAUAUUUUGAAAAAGAAUCGAAACUGAACAGUAUUUUUGUGCCGAAUUGAAUCUCGAGAUAUGAUUGACACAAAGUAUUAUUUAUUUGUCGUUUCGUCACUAUUUUGUGAGUGUAACAUGUUCAACCUGGUUAUUUAUUUCCUUGGAGUUUUCAAAUUCACACUAUUAGUUUUAAGUCUUGGAAUAGGCCCUUAAUUCUUGCUAGCUGAGUACAUGACACAGUAGAAAAACUAAGUAAAUAAACACAGAAAUCUAACGCAAAACAGAUAUAUCAUUCCUCAUAAGUGAGGUCUUUGGGUUGCCUUGGUGCUCAUGUAUCCAUUUUUGUUUUUCAUUUAAUGUGCGUGUUAAUAUUCUGUAUAACAAUAAUUUAAUUUCAAUCUUUUACUACCUGUGUAACGACUGUUCUUUUUUAUGAAAAGGAUUUCUGUCAAACAAAGCAGACUGUAUGUUUUUGAACGUAUUGAGCAUUAUGUUAUGUACUGAAGGGUGAAGGUAGGCAACCCUAGACCUAGAUUUUUGUACAACAGAUUGCUCUGCACUUCUUUUAUUGUCAAUGGCUAGUCGAAACUGUGUAAAAACAACCUCUCGCAACAAGCAGGUGGAAGUUCCCAAAGUGCAUUUCAUUACUAUUUGUUUAAUCCUUGCAUUUAGAUUAUAAUUUCUGAAGGAUUCUUUAAGUGUUAUACCCUCAGAAAGAUGCUGUAAGAGAGGUUUUGGCUUUGGCAUGUUGAGAUUAUGUCUUUUCAAUCCAUACAAAUUUUUACACAACAAGGAUCCGUCAUUUAACUUGGUGAAGAAGAAAGAGUGAUAUGUCCGAGACAAUAAAAAUUUCUUUCAUGUUCAACGCA